AUGGCUUCUUCUCGACAGCCUAAUUACACAAUUGAUGAAGAUAAACAUCUUUGUCGUGUGUAUUUGGAGAUAUCUCAAGAUUCAGAAACGGGAAUACACCAAAGAAAAGAAAAUUUUUGGGAUCGUGUUAGGGAGGUUUACAACGAGGAGAAACCCAAUCCAAAUAUGUAUACUCGAAGUUCAAGAUCACUUGAAACUCGCAUGCAGUUCACUCUUGCAAAAGAAUUGAUGAUGCUAGACACAAAAUAUAAGAAAGGCUUCAAGUUCGAGCAUGUGUGGUCUAUUAUGAAAGAUUAUCAAAAGUUUGAUUGUCCUUCACAAAACUCUCGACAACAAAUGUCUGCAUCUCAGUCAGAUUCACUACCACAAUCUCCUAUCUCACCUGAUGGAUUGUCUAAUUUUUCUAUCAAUUUAAGUGAUGGUAGUGGCAGUGGUUCUGGAUCGUCACACCGUCCAGAUGGUGUGAAAAAGACCAAAAACAAAAGAAAAAAAGGUGAAGAUAUGUCUAAUUUUUUGAAAGUAAUUGAAGAAGGAAAUAAACGAAUUGGAGAUUUAAUGAAAAACUCAUCAACCACAAAAGAGCAAAUUUUGCAACUACAAAUGCAGAAGAUUGAAGCAAAAAACAAAGCUACUGAAGCAAAAAACAAAGCUACUGAAGCAAAAAAACAAGCUAUUGCAUUCCAAAUGUGGGAAUCAGAUAAUAAAAUUCUAAUGAUGGACACCGACAAUAUUUCUGAUCCUGUUCGACGAGAUUAUUUCAAAAGGGAACAAGCAAAAAUCAUUUUUAAAAGACAACAACAUUCAAGUCCAUAUGAUGCUUUCAAUAUGUUUGGAGGAAAUUUUCAUGAUUUUGGAGGAUCAGGAAGCGACAUUGGAGGAUCUGGAAGCGAUGUUGGAGGAUCUGGAAGUGAUCUUGGACCUUACUAG